AUGAGCGCUCUCUGUGAUCGACUGGAAGUCGAAAGUAUCCAUUGCUUUGCUCACGUUCUGCAACUGGUAAAAAGGAUGGUUAUUAUUGAAAAAUUUUUAGUUUUUCAGAUUGUUGAUGACACCAUCGACGAUGACGACGAAGUUCAAGCUCUAGUCAACAAGAUGAAGAAGUUUUCGAGAAAGCUUCGCAAAUCGACCGUGGUUCGAGAUGCUUUCUUGAAGCUCCAAUCCGAAAAUGAUCUUCCCGCCACUAUGAUUGUCAAAGAAUGUGUUACCCGCUGGAGUUCACUUCUUUUAAUGGUCAACUCUAUUCUUUCAAAUAGAACGGCCGUCACCAAUCUGGCCCUUGAAGCAGGGUAAAUGGACAAUCAUUGAAGCAACUUAUGAGAAAUAAUUUCAUAGUUCCUCAUUUCUCGGAUAAUGAAUGGGAUCUAAUGGGUGGAUUGAAACAAGUUCUUCAGUCCAUCGCCGAAGCGACAACGGCUUCUCAACAUGGAUUUUCAUCGCCGAUCUCAGUUAUUGUGCCGGCGGUACAAAUGUUGCUUUUUCAUAUCGAAGAAUUGCUGUCGGAUACGUAAGACGACUUUGAUCUACUAAUUAUCAUAAAAAAUUAUAACAGGACAAACAAUUCCCGCGUUUCUCAAUUGCUUGGUCGUUUGAAAAACUCAGUUGAGACUCGAACUUCGAAGUACCUUCUCGACAACGAACUCAAAACUGCUAUUUUCUUGGACUGCCGAUAUAAAAAUGCUUUUUUUGAAACAAGCCAUUCGGUUCGUUGAAAGAAAUUAUGUCAGACCGAAAAUUGAUUUCAGAAUAUCAUCCUGCAAAAACUGCAGAAAAUGAGAGAUCCAGAAGCAAAGGAGCCAAUAAAAACAGAGGAAGAAGUGAGCACCGAAGCGCCGACAAUUUUCGAUCGCUUCUUGAUGGAGAGAGAGCGUUUCACACAUCCUCCAAGAGUCGAGCCAUGGGAUCUCAUAAAGGUUCUAUAA